AAGGAUGUCCAAAUGUGUGGUAGGGUAAUUGCUUUUUGUCGAAAUAUUUUGUCAAGUGUUUGUGGUCAUUGAAGCUUUGACAAAGUAUUUUAGUGUAGUUUUUACCGAGGUUUGGUUGGUAGAAUUUGAUUCCCAUGUGUAAAACUUUUUUCACAUGUUGUUCAAAGUCAACUGGUUUAUGCAGGAAGACUAGUGGUACUUUAUUUUUGACUUUUGGCCAUUUUGCGAGCAACUGCGGUUUUAAGCUUGAAUCUAAAAUAGUUUCUCCUGAUUGUGAUGUUGGUGAUGCUUCUGCUGCGGCUUCUGAUGUUGAAGCUGCUGCUUCCUUUGAUGUUGACGGUGUUGCUGGUGGCGAUGCUUUUGAUGUCGACGGUGUUGCCGAUGCCUUCGAUGUCGACGGUGUUGCUUCAGCCUUUGACGUCGAUGGCGUUGCCGAUGCCUUUGAUGUUGACGGUGUUGCUGCUGCCUUUGACGUCGAUGGUGUUGCCGAUGCCUUUGAUGUUGACGGUGUUGCUGCUGCCUUUGACGUCGAUGGCGUUGCCGAUGCCUUUGACGUCGAUGGUGUUGCCGAUGCCUUUGACGUUGAUGGUUUAGCCGAUGCUUUUGAUGUCGACGGUGUUGCUGCUGCCUUUGAUGUCGACGGUGUUGCUGCUGCCUUUGAUGUCGAUGGUGUUGCCGAUGCCUUUGAUGUUGACAGUGUUGCUGCAGCCUUUGACGUCGAUGGCGUUGCCGAUGCCUUUGAUGUUGACGGUGUUGCUGCUGCCUUCGACGUUGAUGGCGUUUCCGAUGCCUUUGAUGUCGAUGGUGUUGCUGCAGCCUUUGACGUCGAUGGUGUUGCCGAUGCCUUUGAUGUUGAUGGUGUUGCUGCUGCCUUUGAUGUCGAUGGUUUUGCCGGUGCUGCUGCUUUUGAUGUCGAUGGUGUUGCUGGUGAUGCAGGUGCCGAUCCCGUUACUGCUGCUUUUGAUGUUGAUGGCGUUACCGGUGCUGUUGCCUUGGAUGUGGAUGGGGUUGCUGGUGAUGUCGGUAUCGACGCUGUUGAUGUGGAUGGGGUUGCCGGUGAUGCCGGUAUCGAUGCUGUUGAUGUGGAUGGGGUUCCCGGCGAUGCUGGUAUCGAUGCUGUUGAUGUGGAUGGUGUUGCCGGAGAUGUUGGUAUCGACGCUGUUGAUGUUGAUGGUGUUGCUGGUGAUGCAGAUACUGGUGCCGAUGCCGGUGCUGCUGCCUUUGAUGUUGAUGGUGUUACCGGUGAUUCUGGUAUCGAUGCCGGUGCUGCUGCCUUUGAUGUUGAUGGUGUUACCGGUGAUUCUGGUAUCGAUGCCGGUGCUGCGGCCUUUGAUGUUGAUGGCGUUACCGGUGAUUCUGGUAUCGAUGCCGGUGCUGCGGCCUUUGAUGUUGAUGGUGUUGCCGGUGAUUCUGGUAUCGAUGCCGGUGCUGAUUCUGCUGCCUUUGAUGUUGAUGGUGUUGCCGAGGCUGCCGAUGAUGAUGCUGUUCGUGACUCUCGUGUUUUUGAUGAAGAUGGUGCAGCCGAGGUUGUUGAUGAAGUUUGACUAGAUCCGGGUUCAGAAAUAGUAAACCCUUCCAUCACCUUAGCUAGUUUUUCGACCUUCCCUUUCCGCUUCGACUUCUUUUUAGUCAUUUUAU